UUUUGACCUAUGGCGACUCUUUUUGUGGAGGAUUUUGAGUUAUUUCGUUACCGGUGAUUUUGAGAGCAGGGGAACUUGCAUCACAGCCAGGUGUUGUUGAACAAGCCAGUCAGCAUGUGAGGAACGCAACGUGCCAUUGUGUACAAGGUCAUGGCAAGCAAUAAUGGGAGUGGGGGCCCCGGGGACAGCGCCCAGGGCCAAAACCCUUUCAAGCGGAUGACGUCUCCCCCGGCAUCAGUGAGCUUGGUCUUCUCCUCGGGGGGAGAGUACCUCCAGAUGGCUGGCAGCCAGGCACCAAGUCAUUCGAACUACAUGCUGCUUGGGGGGAUGACAAGCACGUCCCCCACAGCCUCCCCAAGCUCAGCGUCAAGGUGCAACUUCUUCGGCACGACCUCGACUUCCCCGUCAUCAUCAGUUGCGGGCCUCCCCAGCAGCACUCUGUUUGGGGGGAUGACAUCUCUCGGGGACCCCAGGCACAUAGGGUCUGGGAGGCCUAUCAUGUCAAGUGUAAUGAGCAGCACCACACAGUCAGUGUCUAGUACUAUGAGUAAACCUCUCUCUGAUGCAAAGGGGAUCUCGCCUUCCUUAACAGCUCCAGGGAUCCCGUCAGGAAAUAUCUUUGGUGGGCUGACAUCUUCAGCAGCUUCAGGGCAGACACCUCCACUCUUCUCCGCAAGCAAUCCAUCAGACGGAGAGAUGUUUGGAAACAAAAAAAAGCCUUUUUCAAUGCUGUCAGCCAAGACUACAUCAAGAGAAACAGCCACAAUAGCAACUUCACCCAAUGCUUUUCCUUCCCCUUUCUUAGGGACAGGGGAAGUGAAGCCACCCAGUUUAUUUUCUACUGUUAAACAGUAG